GUCAGCUGGCAGAAGGCUAGUUCCAGGCCUGAUAGCUGAACGGCCGUGGCUCAGAAUCUCUCAGCUAGCUGCAGGGAGAGGUAGAGCGCGGAGCCGACUGGAGGAGCAACCGAAGAACAGAAGCGCUGCAUUUCAGUUCACUUGCUUAUGGCUUCCCCUAAAAUUGAUUCCCUCUCUUGGGGACAAAUGAAAGUUCAAGGCUCUACCUUAACCUAUAAGGAUUGCAAAGUAUGGCCAGGAGGCAGUCGGGCUUGGAAUUGGAGAGAAACAGGAACUGAGCAUUCUCCUGGAGUGCAGCCAGCAGACGUAAAGGAAAUUGCUGAGAAGGGCGUACAGACUCUUGUGAUUGGCAGAGGAAUGAGUGAGGCCUUGAAGGUGCCUCCAUCGACUGUGGAGUACCUCCAGAAACAAGGCAUUGAUGUGCGAGUCCUCCAGACAGAGCAGGCAGUGAAGGAGUACAAUGCCUUGGCUGACCGGGGGAUAAGGGUAGGAGGUGUCUUCCAUUCCACCUGCUGAUGCAGCCUACAGAGGAGAAUAAACCUCUGGGCAGCAAUGCCUUGACUGCCUUACCAUCUCCACAUCAGCCUCCACUGUGUACUUUGGACACAUGUUCAUGUUCUUGGAACAGAUUGAUGGGAGGCUAAGGCAAAGUUCUUGCCCUCCAGGUUGCUUAAAUCAGAAGAGAGAUUUGCUGAUUUUAAUAUUGUACUAUGUGUUCGGUUCAAAGUAUGAGAAAGUGCAUACAAAAAUAAAGGUUGAAGCUUAGAAGCCAA